GGUAGUUACAGUCGCUCUUUAUGCAGCUGGCCUCUGUGAUGCUGACGCUGAAGGUGAAAGUGUUGCCAAGGCACUGAGCACUGAGCACUGAGCAGAGUGGAAAGCGGAAAUCGAGGAAGUGCCCGAACCUGCUCACUUCUUCCCCACUCUCCGCCUCGACUCCGGCUUAAGCACACAAAUCCGGCAUAAUGCAGCGCUAAAGCUCCAGAAACAAAUAAAUCCGGGACACUCUCUACACUGCAAGGAGCACCAAUCACGUCCAUUGUGGGACGGGAGCCUUCCGCCCAAGGACACGCAAUUUCUAAGCAGGAAACGGCGACAAGGCGGCCAGCAAAAUGGCGGACCUGGAGCGCAUACGCCUCGUCCUCCUGGGCGGCGCCGGCGUGGGCAAGAGCUCCAUUGUGAAGCGCUUCCUGUUCAAAUCCUACACAGACAAGUAUCGCGCCACCGUCGAGGAUCUCUACAAUCGCGAGUACGACCUGGGCGGGGUCACGCUAAAGGUGGACAUCCUGGACACGUCCGGUGACAUGCAAUUCCCCGCCAUGCGACGCCUGUCCAUUGCCACGGCGCACGCGUUCAUGCUCGUGUACGCGGCCACAUCGGCGCCCAGCUUCCAGUGUGUGAAGCAGUGCUUUGAGGAGAUCCGGGAGCAACGCGGUGAUUUUCAGGACAUUCCCAUUGUGAUUGCCGGGAACAAGGCCGACUUGGCCAGCACCCACAGAGAGGUCAAGCUGGAGGAGGUGACCGAUUGGGUAUUCUGCGAGCUGCCUCGAUUACGGGCCAAGGUACUGGAGUGUUCGGCGAAGGAAGACAGCAAUGUGACCGAUCUGUUCAAGUCCCUGCUCUCCCUGUCCCGCUUCCUCCCCGCCAGCAGUAGCGGGAGCGGGGGCAGCGGGGCCAGCGGAGAGGCGGCUCCCAGCGGCUUCAAGCGGCGCUCAUCAGCUUAUGUCAGCGCAUCGUCCAGUCGAAAUAAAAAUCGCAUGAACAGCCCGGCUCUCGGUGGAGCCGGCGGUAGCGGUGACAAGAAGUGUUCCAGCCUGGUGGACGCCGUCGAUGUGGCCAGCACCAGUGCGGAGGCCAAGCUGAAGCCGCGUUCCAGAUCGCUCAUACGCCGCGCCUCCCGCAAGACCAAGCAGCAAAUCAACAACGCAUCCGACGACUGCAACGUGCAGUAAUGCACUCGCAUUAUUCUGGCCGGCAGCGCCUAAUUGUGUUAUUAUAUUUCGCCACAAAAUGUAUUAAUAAUAGAGGCGGCAGCAAAUUAGUGUGCAUAAACAAGUGGCGGGGCCCUUAUUUAUGUUUGGUGCAAUGGGCUGAUUAUUCCGAUAAUACAAAACUCACACAGAAACCGGUUGGCUCAAGGGCAAACGAGCCCAGUUUAGCGUAGUUGUUGACGAUGAAUGUGCGACUCGAUAAUAAGUUUAAUAAUUUACUCUGUGUCCAUAUCGAAACUAAGCCACUCGCAGGCUUUCCCAGUAACUGGAAUGGAGCUAGUGCCGUGAUGACACUGCCCUUAAGUUCGAAAGUCGUAUAGCAUAUUUAUGUAUGUAUAACUGGGGAAUCAUCUGUCUCAAAUUGUAAAUGAUUCUCCUCUCUAUUUGAUUCAAUGUCACAGUCUUUAUUUUUGCAAAAUUAAAUCCCAGAUUAGAGGAUUGAAGAAUAAUUCGGCUUAAAUUAUAUCUAGUGUCAUCGAGGCAGGCAGGUUAUGAGAUUAAUUCGACACUGAGCCGACUUGCCAAGGAUAUGCGGAAAUCGAUUUCAGGUUUGGUCACUGCGGUUAAAGGGGACCAGUUUUAUUUAAAUUGAAAAUUACUCUUUGUACGACUAAGCAUUUCGAUUUUUGUCCACAAAUUUCAUACAUUUUAGUCUAGGCUUUGUGUACGGAUACGAACGGAAUUUGAAUUUAAAUGAGAGAGACAAGUGAGGGGAUGGAUGGAGGACUCUUCUGACGAGAUUUCUGGGCAUCGUAAUGCCCUUCAUAGAGUUCCUUUUUGAUGAGAAAUUAAUGGCUCAGUUGUUGUUGUUUGUUGUUGUAUGUUGAGGAGUUAUCUGAGAGCAGACUAAGUUUAAUUCGUUUUGCAUUGAUUGAUUAUCAUAAUAUUAUGAUAGGUUGGCGUAGCUUUAAGGUAAACUCUGAAAUGCCAAUUUAUAUAAGAUAAAUAUAUAUCUGCACAGUUAGCUGGCACUGUAGUUAUUAUUAAAGCGUUUCCAUACAAAUAUAUACAUAUAUAUAUACUCCUGAUGGAUGGCUAAAACACGUUUGUAUUUGCUUUUAGCCAAACUGGCUCCACUUCAGAAAAGAGUCGGGAUGUAACGCAAUUUCGCGAUUCCCUCCCGACCUCCUUUUUGUCUGCGCAGCCACGUGAAAUAACGGAAACUUUAGCGGAGAGCAGAGAGCACAAAACAAUUUACUAUGCAAAAAGCGUAAUUGUAAAAUAAAUUUGAUGAGUUCGGGCACGGGAGCAAAUCUCGGAAUGCUUAUCAAGGAUAAUACAGGGUGAACUUCUUAUGCUAAAUUGCCAAAUCAAAGUGCCGCAGUGCACAGGACACUCAGCGGGGCUAGGAGAUUUAUGUAUGUAUGAUAGAAUAUAAUCGAUAAAUCUGGUUUUAAUACGCAACUUUUGCAUGCGAGUUACCCGCUCUCCUCCGCCCCGACACGAGGUGCAAUGGCGAGCGUGUGCGAGUCCUUGCCAGAGUGUGAUAAGAAUUCCUUUGUGUUUGUUUACUCUGAGUGUGCUUAGCAAGUAAGAUUUAUUCGAAAAAGACUACAUUUAGAGGCGAGUGCGGCGGCAGAUAUCUAAUGGAUUUGUAAAUGAAUGAAAUACGGCAUAUGCAAAGUGAAUUGUGAUUAAAUAAUAUAGCAUAUGUACACCUAGGCGUACGAAACAAACUAAGAAAUGAAUGCAAAAAACACUCACACACACACACACCCACACAGAAAUGGAAAUUGCCUGCCACAAAGUAGUGGGAGAGGGGCAGCCCUGUUGCUUUCGUCCAGGCAGAAUAUGUUAUAUAAUAAUGUACACACAAUUACGCAUUAAUGUACUUAGUCCCUAGAGCGUACUUAAAAGUUUGGGUGUUUGUUUUAUAAAUAAUUCGUUUAUACAUUGUUACUAGGUGUAGUUAAUCGACAACAAAUCUGAAUUCCCCGACAAGUAUUCGAUCUCUUAUCAACUAACCGCCACUUAUACACAUACAUACAUAUAUAAAUAAAUAUAUCAGCAACCGAUGGGAACACAGGACUAGGACAGCGCGACGAGGCAGGAUGUGGCAGUCGAGCAUAUAUCAGCUGACUAAUCCAAUUUACCCAAUUUUGAAAUACAUAUUUGUGUACGUAAUUUACGCAAUUCGAAUGUUCUACCGAAUAAUGCAAACACAAGUGGAAAUCGGCUACCGAAGCUAUAACUAAAUCUAAAACUAAAGAAACCUAAAUGAACUCUCUCUAGGUGUGCGUAUGUGUGUCAUGUACUUGUAAACUAAUUGAAUUCCAAUUCAAAUUGAAUUAUUGACAAUUGUAUUAGCCAGUUAAAAUAAACCACAAUGCGUCCCA